AAGGAGUUUGAUUUAUAUGCUUUGGGGUCUGGCUAUUUGGAAGACGUAAUUAGAUAGUAAUUGCCAUUAAUGACAUAGCUGGCUCGUAUUAUUCCAUGGAAAUGGCUUUGAUUUAAGCCAAUCUGCAGAAGAUAUAUAUAUUGAAAUCGCCAAAAGAUCGAAAUACGAAUUACAAAUGACUCAUUGAAAGUCACCACAUGCGUACAAAAACACACUUCUCAAACAACUGAUCCUUCUAGGCGGGAUAACCCUUUGUAAGCUAGGCCGCUCUUUUGAAUGGCUUAUCGGAUGAGUGCAACUGGAAGAAUGAAUCUAUAGAAAUUGCUUUUAAUUUCCAGUGAAAGAGACGGAGAUUGUUAUCAUAACCAUUACAUCUCAGGCAACAAACGUAUGAAAAAUGGCCGUUAGUGCAAAGAGUCGUAACAUCCUGGGGAAAAUUCUACCUGCCGGAAAAGGUGAUUCAAAAAAGGAUGGAAAAAAGAAGGGAAAGAGGCGAGAAUUGACGCUGGAAGCUUUGUCUGUUUCUCAAAACUUUGACCCAGAGUCUUACGUCAUACCACUGCAAAACAAAUGGACGCUGGAUGACGAGAGCAUCAGGGCCAGUGACGCUUCUAAUAAUGACGAGCGGCAUCUUUUGUCAAAUGUAUCCAAUAACGACGACUUGAUUAUAAAAUCAAUCCACGCAAAAGCUAAAAAGAGGAACACGGCACCCGGGAAAAUUGUCACUGCUCAAAUUAUUGAAAAUCCAUCAACAGAUGAUAUAUCAUUGCCAAGAAGAGUCUCAAGAAAGAAAUCUUUGAAACCAAAAAAGGAAUCGAUAUCUGCCAGAAAAAGUGACCAUUCUUCCUUGCUGAAGAAUCUGGAUGGGAUUGAUGGAGUUGGUUACGUGCCAUCGCAUCCAAAGUUGAAGCAAAGAUCUUCUGAAGUCGGACUGAAGGUGACCAACGGAUACGAAGAAACGCAAAAUAGCGCACUGACCAGUUUUCAGGAUACUUGGACUGUGCAGUUACAACACAAUGGCGAUCCUCCGGAGCCAAAUGCGAACGGUCCAGUUUCAUAUAACGACGAAGAGCAUCCGGACAUAGAAAGGAUGUCGUCCAUUCCAGGAAUGGUGGAAAAAGAUUUCGAUGAAGAGGAAUUCAGUGAUUUGGAUAUUGACCGUGUAGAAUUGGUCGCUGAAAGCGAUGAAUAUGAGUAUGAUAACUUUGACGAUCGCUGGUCGGUUGGAACACCAUCUCUACCGCCAUUAUCCUUGUCAUCUUCAGAAGAAUCAAUUGACAGAGGUUUUGACCAAUCAAGUCAAUCUGAUUUUUCGACGUUAGCGUUUCAAAGAAGCAGGAUUCCAGUACAAAACUCUACAGUUGUAGAAGCUGAAGAAAAUGGUUUUGACACAGAUCUGCAGUCAAAGGUUAUUUCACUUCAAAAGUAUUACCAAGUUCUAGCAGAAGCUGUAGAAAGUCAGAGGAAGUUGCUGUUACGCAAAUCAGAUGUGACCGACAGGAAGGAAAGACAUUUAAAAAAACAAAGAAAUAACGAAACAAGGAUGAUAGAGCAACGGUUCACCAGGCUAGAGUCUCAUGUUGUCACUUUAGCCAGAAGUGUGGCACACCUUUCUGCGGAAUUAAAGUCCCAGAAUGCAAUUCGAAAUCAGGUCGCCACUCUUCAGAAAGAUAUGUAUGACGUAAAGAGCAGACGAACUAAUGAACUGCAAUAUUUGCAAGAAAGAGUAAGACUCGUGGAAACUGAUAAGUUAUCACAAAAAACUAUAAGAAAACUUCGCAGAUUCUUUGGCGAAGACCCUGGACAUCCUCUAUUGUACAAUUUUCUCAAAGAGCUUGGAUAUGAGGAAUAUUCUAAACUGUUUCAAAAGGCAAAAAUUGGGAUAAUGGAGCUACCAUAUACAAGUGAUGAACAAUUAAAAGGAGCUGGAAUUCCUGCUGGGCCAAGGAAAAGAAUUCUUGAAAAUAUUAAGCACUUAUACUAGAUUGUGCAUUAGUCAACUUUAAUUUUGUUGUCAGAUUUUGAUGUGGCUUUAGAUGAUUUGUGGAAAAUGAAGAUGAUUUGCUAAAUUAUUAUUCAACCUUGCUUUUAUUAACUAAGAACGACAAGACAUGACAAUAAGAGCGUUAAAUUUCCACAAAUCUUACAAACUCCAAGCAUAUUUGCAAUACAUUGCUUUUCUGUCUUAAUUUACCUGCAUGCGGGAUUAUCAGAGAAAUUGGAUUAAUUUCUCAAAGUAUAGAAAAAAGAACAAUUUAUUAGUGUGGCAGGAAUAGUAGAAAGGGAGGAACUACAUGAGAAAAAACCGUAUAUGUCUUUUUAUCAUAUUUACCCUUUUUCUGGAAAAUAAGCUAGGAAAGGAAAUUUCUCCUGUAGAAAAAUUAUGCACAAUUCAGCAAGCUGUUUGUUUAUGAAUAAAUUUUGCUUUAAGCCACAACACUUUAUUUUAGAAUUUUGAAUCUUUUCUAGUACUUUAUCUAGAAUUUAUAUUUUGAAGCAAGUUGUAUGUAAUUAUGUAAAUAAAAUAAUUUAGUUUGAAAUUAUACUUCUUUUCUUUAUCUUCUGUUUCAUUUGCUGAGCAUUCAAGGGUACACCAUAGGAGCUAUUGUUGAUAUUUAAACUUCCUUCUCUUGUUUGACAAAACUAUGACAUUGAUUUUAUUCUUCACUGGUGAUUUUUGUUAAAAGAAUUGGAGAGAUUGAAGGGUUCUUUACUUAAAAAUGUUUUUCAUUUUGAUAACCAUUAUUGGGUCUUUAAACAGGGAUUGUAAAUUUCAAAUACCUUGUUCCUUCCAAAAAGCACCGAGCUCGGAAAAGCACCCAGCACCAAUUUUAGAAGCCUUGGUAUAGCUUCAGCAAGAGGUUUAUAUGAAAUACAUUUGGUUAUAAACAUACACAUAUAUUAUCAGGAUUGAACAAUGAGACUACAUCUUCACUUUGACAAAAAGAGGCAAUCUAAAAUUGCAUUGAAAAUAUAUUUUCUGAAAUGUUGUAGUUAACCAUUGGUCUUCAUAUGCUAAGCCCAAUACAUAAAUUCCUUAUUAAACUUGAUUUGAUGGUUUUUUGGCAUAAAGUGGUGCUCGGUUCUUCAAAAAGUUAAGAAAUUUCAGGGCUGGAUCUUUGAAAACUAAGAAAGUUGACAAAUUUAGAUAUUCAAAGUUUCAAAGGAAAUUGUGGUGUAAGAGUGAAAUAUUUCAACAAUACAGUAAUGUGCUGAACAGGAAACGACAAAUACAGUAUGACAUUGAGGGUUUUUGAGAAAUAUAGCAUAUUAUAGCAUUUCAUCUUCUCCAUCACUGCGCAUGCUUAGUGACGUAAAACAUUUCAACUUCAUGUUAACAAAGUGUUAAGAAAUUUUUAGUGCUGAAAUUAGGAAAGAGCUAAGAAAGUCUGGGGGCUGGGCUGAAAAAAACUUUCUUAUAAAAGAAACGUGUAAUUCUAAUUUACUGUUUAAUUUUUAUAAGUUAUAAAAUAAUCACGUUUAGGAUUGAUAUCAUCAUCUUUGCUCAGUUCUUCUGAAGAUGAGAAAUUUGUCGGUUCUUUAUUUGAUCCCGGAGCGCGUCUUUCACCUGUCUUGUUGGCAGCUUUUGACGAGCUCUUUCCUCUUUGUAAAAAAUGUGACAACAAGCCAUACAAAAUAGGUAUUUUGUUAGGCUCUGAAUCAUCAUCAAUAUUAAGUUCCUGAAUGAGAUAUCUUCUGUCCAUUUGGUCUUUUGGUUGCCCAGUCUCGACUGUUAACACAGAACUUGUGUACUUAUACUUGUUAAAUUCUAAAUAUUCUCGUAUGAGUUCAUUUAUUAGGAAGUUCUCGUUUGAGAGUGUUGGCUUCAUUUCAGAUGGUUCAUCUAAAGCAUUGAAAACUUCUGCUCUUAUCCUUGCACGAACUUGCCCGAGAACUCCUCGAUUCUCUAAAGUUUCUUUGAGUACUUCUUUCAGGUCUUC